AUGAGGCGGCGGCGGUGGGCACGCGCCGCCACUGCGCUGUCGUGGCUCGCCAUCGCCGUCGUGCUGCAGCUCGCCGCCGUCGCCGAGGGGAGGUCGGCGCCGUCGUUGUUGCCGCCGCCGAGGCGCGCGCACGGUGACGGACACGCACACGCCCACGCCCACGCCCACGCGCGCCCUCGCACGCACAGCGGGAGUGGGCUGCCGCCGCCGUUGACGGGUGCAACGACGACCGUGCGCCACGCUGUUGCCGCGGACGUCGGCGUCGGCGCGUCAGUCCGCUUUGACGCCGCCGCGGGCGCCGCCACCCGGUGUAAGAGCGGCGGGCGGCAAUCAGAGAGCGGCGCUGCUGCUGCUGGUGGUGGUGCGUGCGCCGACGACGAUGAUGAGAAGCGGCGCAUACCGACGGGUCCUAACCCUCUGCACAACAGAUAGAUGAUCGUGCUGUGCAACCCAACAAGAUCCAUGUCAUCUAACACCAGUGGAGAGGAGCAAUGCAAGCCAAGCCACCAGAGUUCAGGGGGGCAGCAGCAGCAACAACAGCAUGCACAGGCUUUCUUGGUAUGCACGAGCUCAUCAUCAUCUCCUAUUCCUUCUGCUCUGUUCAUCAUGGACAUGGACCAGAAGAUAGUGAUCAGUAGUAGGUGUAGUAGUUUAGUUCAGCUUCAGCAGUGAAAAUUCUUUUGGGAUGCUGUCCAUUUCCUCUUCUUUUUCGAGCUUUUUUUGUCUGCCAGCACCGGGUGUAUAUUCUGCCUCUCUAGCUUGUUCUGUCAGAAGCAAGAAUUGUUUGGUU